CGGUUCCUUGCGUGCGUCACAUCCCCCACCAGCCGUGUCCUCCCUCACUUCUCGUCCUCCUCCCUUCAACCACCACCACCACCGACGCAAAACACAAUGGCCUCCUUCGCGCGUACCAUCCUUCGCGCGGCCCCGCGCCUCGCCGUCGCCGCUGCCCCCCGAAUCGUCGCCGUCCCAAGACUUACCCGCGGCUUCGCGGGAACAAGUAACCUUAAUGAGAUUGUCAAGAAAUACACCUCAGACCACGAGUGGAUCAGCCUCGACACCGCGUCCGACUCCAACAUCGCGACAAUUGGCAUAACGACGUACGCGGCCUCCGCGCUCGGAGACGUGGUGUACGUCGAGCUUCCUGAGGUGCCUUCCGCCGCAACGACCGGCGAGCCCGUGGGUGCCGUCGAGAGCGUCAAGUCUGCCAGCGACAUCCUAUCCCCCGUCGACGGGGAGAUUGUUGAGGUCAAUGCGGCGCUCAACGAGAAGCCGGGAACGAUCAACCGGGCGCCGGAGGGCGAGGGGUGGAUCGUUAAGGUUAAGGUUGAAGGGGGGGUUAAGGCCCUGGAGGCGGAGGGAUUGAUGGGUGAGAAGGAGUAUAUGACGUUUGUGGAGACGUAAUGGGGAGUUGAGAUCGAAGAGGGAG